AUGUCUCACGUUGACAAGAAGCAAAAGACCAGUAACUCUUUGGAGCAGUUGAAGGCAUCCGGUACCGUUGUUGUGUCUGACACUGGUGACUUUGAAUCUAUUGCCAGAUACACACCACAAGAUGCCACGACGAACCCAUCUUUGAUCUUGGCCGCUGCCAAGAAGGAGAACUACGCAAAGUUGAUAGACUCUGCCAUCCAGUACGGUAAGAAGCACGGUAAGAGCGUGGAAGAAAAAACCGAGCAGGCCGUUGACGCGCUUUUAGUUGAGUUCGGGAAGGAAAUUCUGAAGAUCGUUCCAGGAAGAGUGUCUACUGAGGUCGACGCCAGGUUGUCUUUUGACAAGGAUGCCACGAUCGAAAAGGCCUUACACAUCAUCAAGUUGUACGAAGACAGUGGUAUUUCCAAGGAAAGAGUGUUGAUCAAGAUCGCCUCUACUUGGGAAGGUAUCCAAGCGGCCAAGGAGCUAGAGGAGAAGCAUGGCAUCCACGUGAACUUGACGUUGUUGUUCUCGUUCGCCCAAGCCGUUGCUGCCGCGGAGGCCAAGGUCACUUUGAUUUCGCCUUUCGUCGGUAGAAUCCUGGACUGGUACAAGGCCAACGAGAAGAAGGAGUACACGGCGGAGACUGACCCUGGUGUCAUUUCCGUCAGAAAGAUCUUUAACUACUACAAGAAACACGGUUACAACACCAUUGUCAUGGGUGCAUCAUUCAGAAACGUUGGCGAAAUUCAAGCUUUGGCCGGUUGCGACUUCUUGACCAUUUCUCCAAAACUACUGGAGGAGCUUUACAACUCUCAGGACAAGGUUCCAAAAGUUCUGGACGCUGAAGCGGCCAAGGCUGAAGGUGAAGAAAAGGUGUCUUACAUCUCUGACGAGCCAGCUUUCAGAUUCGCCUUGAACGAAGACGCCAUGGCCACUGACAAGCUAGCGGAUGGUAUCAGAAAGUUCUCUGCCGACAUUGUCACUUUGUUCGAUUUGAUUGAAAAGAAAAUCCAAGCUUAA